AAGAGACAUAAAAACACUGGGGAACGUGGGGUGUCUUAAAAGUACUCUUGAGCUCUGCACUCUGUUUGCGGAAAUGUCACUUUCACACACGUGAAGCUGAACUCGAGAUUUUAAUCCACGUCAGGGAAGCACAGCACAGGCUUAAUCAUGGCUCCACAUCCUCUCAUCCAGGCUGUCAUCGACUUCUCUGCUGGGGCAAUAGGGGGUACAGCCUGUGUCCUGAGCGGACAGCCAUUUGACACCGCCAAAGUGAAGAUGCAGACAUUUCCCACAAUGUACCGAGGCUUCAUCCACUGCUUUAUUUCCACCUUCAAACAGGUGGGACUCAGCGGGCUGUACAAGGGCACAACCCCGGCUCUCAUAGCCAACAUCAGCGAGAACGCUGUACUUUUCCUGAGUUAUGGUCUCUGCCAGGAUGCGGUACGAUAUUUGACCAGGAUGGAGAAAGGAGCGGAUCUCAGUGACAUCCAGAAGGCUUCUGCAGGCUCCUUGGCAUCCAUCUUCUCCGCCAUGGCAUUGUGCCCCACGGAGCUGGUGAAAUGCCGCCUGCAGGCCAUGCAUGAAAUGGAGGCAACCGGCAAGGUAGCGAGAGGACAGAGAAGCACAGUGUGGUCCGUGGUUCAGACAGUGUUGAAGACAAAUGGUCCCCUGGGGUUCUACCAAGGACUGACGUCCACCAUCGCGAGGGAAUUCCCGGGCUACUUCUGCUUCUUUGGGGCCUAUGAAUUUUGUCGAUCUACAUUUGCACAGCACAUGGGCACAGACAAGGACAGCAUAGGGAUUCUUCCACUCAUGUUCAGCGGCGGGUUCGGUGGAGCUUGUCUGUGGCUGGUGGUGUAUCCAAUAGACUGUGUGAAGUCCAGGAUCCAGGUCUACUCCUUAGCGGGGAGGCAGGAGGGCUUCAUGAAGACCUUCACGGGUAUCAUGCGUACUGAGGGGUUUGCUGCUCUGUACUCCGGCCUGACUCCAACCAUGAUACGCACCUUCCCUGCCAACGGAGCCCUCUUCCUGGCUUACGAGUACAGCCGCAAGUUUCUGAUGGACGCAGCUGGUGCCUGACGUCCAUGGCGUUCACACUCAAAGCGGCUGUUCUGAAGCCUGUAGUAUUUUUUUUAAAUAAUAUUACAUUUGUAUACCAAACCUAAAAUUUGAGAUGCAUACAUCAGUAUAUGUGGAAGUGUGUUGUUUUUUUGUUUUUUUUUGUCUUUUUAAAGAAAAUGUUGUGAAGCAAAUGAGUCGUGCAUGUAUUGGCAUGUGUGUUACUGUGCUGGGCACAGUCAUUUAAAAUAAAGGUUCAGUCUUAACGUUGAAA